UUCAGUCUCGCGGCCACGUGCUACACGAGCGCACGCCCCGAGCCGGCCGGUGGUCCAGCCACGACACCGUCCUCUUCUUCUUCGUCCCGUUUUAUCCCACGCUUCCUCCUUCUUCUCCUACCUCUAUUCUUCUUUCGUGCACCGGACGUCGCUACAGUCCGCUCCUCUCUUCCCUCGUUCUCGUUCUCGUUUUUUUUGCUCCAUCCUUUUCGUCGAUUUUUUCCCCGCUUCCGUGUCCGCUCCUCGCGCGUACCCGGCUGGUGUUUAUCCGCAAGCGGAUUCCGAGUGGACGCCGCUCGGCUAAUCGCGGGAACACUCGAGGCACGGGUGAACAGCAUCGAGUAGAGUGCGUCGAAACUGCGCCGGACGUCCAUGCGACGAGUAAAUCUCCAAGCGAUUUCAACCGAUCUGUGUCGCGGACGUGGGUGUGCAUAUAUAUUUCUCGGAUACAAGUUCCAUCGACUACGGUAGCUAUGGGAACGUCGCUGGAAGAUGGUGCACGAAUGGACACGAGGUACACGGCCGGUUCUGUACUCUGAAGCGACGUGCGACCGGAAGAACGGUGCCUCGCGUAGGAGGGUACUCGACCGGUGAGACUCUCGUCCUGGCUGAUGUUUACGCGGUCCUUCCAAGGAGGCGAGGAACGAAGGAAGGGUCAGCCGGUGGUCCCCGGUUUUAAAACCGGGGAGGCGGGAGGUCGUGAGAAUCCGCGGUGCCGCGGCACGAAAUUUUCUACGGGCCGGCGUUUCGGCCGCUUGUAAGACACGCACGAAAAUGUUGGGUCGCGACAUCGUACAUGGAACGGACGGCUCGAGGGACCGGCGCGCACGGUUUGCAUCGAGAGAUUAAAGGAACAUCGAAUGGACGUGGGCGAUUUGUCGAGCUCGGCAGGAUUGGCUGGGAGCGGAUCCAUCCCUGGUGCAACGGGUGUUGGUAUCAUUACAAGCGCGACAUCCGCCACCGCGGGGUGGUGGACGCCUACGUCGACGAUCGCCACGGCAGCGUCCAACACCGACGUGAUGAAUCAGCUCUGCAGGGUCUGCGGAGAGCCGGCCGCGGGUUUUCACUUCGGGGCCUUCACGUGCGAAGGUUGCAAGUCGUUCUUCGGACGCACCUACAACAAUCUGGGCAGUAUUUCCGAAUGCAAGAACGGCGGGGUGUGCGUGAUCAACAAGAAGAACCGCACCGCGUGUAAAGCGUGCCGGCUGAGGAAGUGUCUAAUGGUGGGAAUGUCGAAGUCCGGUUCGCGAUACGGGCGCCGAUCGAACUGGUUCAAGAUCCACUGCCUCCUGCAGGAGCAAUCGCAUCAGGCCCAGGCGCGGCUGAUCAAGGACCCGAAAUCCGCUUACGAGAAGGCGUUCGGUUCGCUGGACGUGGCGAACAAUAACAACAACAACAACAAUAACGAGACCACUGGUACGACCAGUGCGACAGGCGGUGUUGGCAUGGUCACCACGACUACGACCACCGCGAACAGUUACCAUCACCAUCACCACCAUCAGGAUAGAUUCCCGAAGAGGGAUGAGCUCAGGCCUCAGGACAUCCCCGGGCAGUUACGAACACCGGAGAUCCCGACGAGGGCUAAUCAGGAUCCUCUCCUCAGGCCGGUGGAUCUGGUCAGAGCACCGCACGAUUUGCUCAGGCCGGAAGUAUCCAGGUUUCCCAUGUGGAGAGGACCGCCGUUCUUCCAUCCGGCACUGACGCACAUGCAGCUCCUGAACGCGCCGUUCUUCCCGUUCCAGCAGCGUUUCAUCGUUCCGUAUGUGAAUCAGGUUGGCGCGCCGCAGAUGGUCGCCAGUUUAACGAGUUCCUCUAGCGACAGCGUCAGUCCAAGAUCUACGCCGUCGCCAAAAAGAGACGACGAUAAUAGGAGCGGCCGUGACGAGUGCAGGGGUGCGGAGGUGGGUUGUCAAAGGAAUCAGAUGGAGGCGUAUGACAAGAGUCUCGCGUUUCUUCGUUCCUUGGGCCCGGAACAAGACGAGCCGAUCGAUUUGAGCAUGAAGGCUGGUCGAAUAGAUGCGGUCGGACGUGACGCGGACCCGGCUGGUAGCACGGAGGAGGAGAGGUCGACGGAUAGCGAGGACAACGAGAUGCUGCAGGAUACCGGGCCGCCUCUCGAUCUGACUAGAAAGACGUGACCCCGGAGGGGCAGCUUGUUGACAGCUCUCGAUGGAAACUAGACUGGCUUGAAUCGUCGCUCACGGAGGCGUUGCUCGGAGUGCCAGCCCUCCUUCGCGCCACAGAGACUCGCAUUGUUGUCCUUUCGCGGGGACGAAGAUGACUCGGUCGCCGUCUUGGUUCGAGUGUACUGAGAAACGGCGAGGCGGAGAAUGCGUUGGAGAUUCGCGGAGGAAAACGUUUUUAGUCAAAGCAGAGGAAGACGUUGAAAUUUGAAGAAUCGAAUGGAGUAUAGUGAAAGCAAAAGGAAAAGACGACUGGAGACUGGGAGAAAACUUCUUAGCUUAGACAGAGGAACAGUGAAAUAUCGAAUGAAGGAAGCGUAACGAGGGAGACGAGGAAACAGGAGGACGAAGGACGAUGACGCUAUAGAAAGGCAAAUAUAGAAGGAAGAGCGGAUGUCACGAGCCGCGUGUAGCUCUGCACAAAUGACUUUACGAUCGGCGAUCGGAUCGACGUAAAAUUGCUCAAGUCCGCGGUAUUAGACGACACGGUUCCCUUUAGGUUCGCCAGGUGUUCGUUGACGGAGUGGCCGACGAUGCGGCAUGAUGCAUCCCUUUCGCAGCUAGAUGUACGACGGACGAUUGUGCCUCGACUCGGUAUCUUCCAGCUAUUCGGGAAGAGUGGAAGCGAGCCAGAGAGAGAAAGUAAAGGGGGGUGCCAGUAAAAACCACGUGAUAUUCUAACGUUAAAUAAUAACUGCGCGUGUGUACGUACACGUGUAACGAGUGCGUACGCGGAUACGGACACGUGUAACGAUAACGUCUGUGUGUGUAGAAUUUCUGUCGCUUGUGAAGAAGUACGAAAAUGAGUGAGGGUGUCUGAGAGGACCGAGAAGUCGAAGUUCUAUCUUCGAUGGUUCUAUCCGGGCGCUCGAGGAAUGGCCAGUGUUUCGUUUGUUUAGCCGCGUCGAAAUUUUCUUUUAUUUAUGUCGACUCCUUUUAUUUAACGCGAUGCAAUUAAUCGUCUCUUUGUCAGCGUCUCGCGGAGACCUUGGUGCGUGAUUGAAAAAUUCCUUCCGGGAAUCUCGUUCGAUUUCAAUCGAACGACAGUCAUUAAAAGAAAAAUUGUGCGACGAACGGUGUAAAAGAAAUAUGAGGCACGUGAGAUUGAUAAGGAGAAUGGGUGGAUACAUAUAAAUGCAAAUACGCGAGGAAGAUACGCGCGCAUUACGCACCGGGAGUGUCUAGCGAAAAAAAAUUACCAAGUAAAAUAAAGAAUAUUGUAUAAGCAAUACGUGGCGCCUUGAUCGUCGUUCAUUAAAUCUCUCCUCGAUCAUCGUUUCCCUUACGCGACCGUCCGUAAUCAUCUGUAUAUAUACGUCUAUACUAUAAGCGCGCAGCUCGAACUCGAGAUGGUAUUCGAUUACUUUCGUCUCGCGCAUACCGAACCGUCGUCGCCGUGAAACGCGCGCGAAUGGAUUCACGCCGCGCGAAUCUCCGCGCUGCGCUAUCUCACCGAGUUAUUUAUUUAGUAAUAAAUUUGUCCGCGCUG